AUGGGCUUCGGCGACUUCCAGACGAUAUGCGAAAAGGCGCCGAUACCCCUCUGCGCUGCUGUGGGCCAUCAGGAUAUCAGCAAUGGCGUGGGCAUCCAGACACGCUGCUAUGCCAGGACUAUUGAGAUCGCCAACACGCUCAUCUUCGAGGCGGCUAACGACUUUAUGCACAUCCUGGCCCUGGUCAUGACCGUCGUAAUGAUCAUACACGUGCGCUCCAAAUUCACCGCUGUCGGGCGCAAGGAAAUCACGACCUUCUUCUACAUCUACUUCCUCCUGACCAUCAUCUCUCUCGUCCUCGAUGCAGGCGUCACUGCGCCCGGUUCCGCUACCUACCCGUAUUUUGCCGCCGCCCAGAAUGGCCUCACGUCCGCCUUGUGUACUUGCCUGUUGAUUAAUGGCUUUGUCGGUUUCCAGCUUUAUGAAGACGGCACCACCCUUUCUGUCUGGCUGCUGCGGCUCAGCUCCCUCGCCAUGUUCAUCGUCGGUGGCGCGGUCAAUCUCUUGACUUUCAAAGGCUGGGCCGGACUGAGCCCCAUGAACCCUAUUGGCAUCUUUAUCGUCACCUACCUCGUCAAUGCCAUCUGUCUGUUCAUUUACGCAGUCAGCCAGAUCAUUCUCGUAAUGGGAACUUUGGAGGACCGCUGGCCGCUGGGUGACAUCCUGUUUGGCAUUUUCUUCUUCGUCAUUGGCCAAGUGAUCCUCUAUGUCUUCAGUGACACCAUUUGCGAAGGCGUACAACAUUACAUUGAUGGUCUCUUCUUCACUACCAUCUGCAAUCUUUUGGCUGUCAUGAUGGUUUACAAGUAUUGGGACUCUAUUACACGCGAAGAUCUCGAAUUCUCCGUCGGUGUCAAGCAGCACAACUGGGAGAUCAAAGAACCAUACCCAGAAGACGAAAGGCGAGGCACCAUGUACCAAGACUCCGACUAUACCCCAUCGCUUUACCAGCAACCUCAUGGGCGCAACUCACAUUACUCUGCUGUGGGCCAUUAA